UUUUUUUUUAAAAGUCAAACCAAUAUAUCUUUCUUUUUCUUUUGUAUAGAUUAAUAUGAAAUGAAUAAUCAUUCAGCUUCUUUCUUUCUUUCCUUCCUUCCUUUUCAUGAAUACAAUUUUAUUUUUAACAAAGAAAUGGUAGGUAAAGGCAGUCAUACAAGGAAGAGAGUAUCACCCCAUUUAGAAUACCCUUGUGUAGCAUGCGACUACAAUUGUGAUAAUCCUUCUCAAAUUCUAAAUCAUUAUCAGAAGAAACAUAAUUUCGACUUUGAAUCCAAUGCUGUUCAAGCUCCUAAUGAUCUGUCUCCUCAAUUUGGUUGCCCUUUAUGUGUCUUUUGUUGCGAGCGAUCUAUUGAAUUACUAAUAAACCAUUAUGAAGAAGACCAUGAUUUAUAUGUUAUGAUUAAGGGUGAUGACAUAACCAAACUUUCUCCAGAUGAAAUACAGAAGCAUAAAAGGAAACAACAAGAAUCCACCACUAAAGAAAAAGAUACAGACGAUGAUCUGCAAAGUGAAGAUACUAGUUAUCCUGAACCAUCUCAGCCUAUUGAAAAGGAGCAGCAGGCAAAGGAUGCUAAAAAUGAACAUUUAGACCAUCAUAUCAAGUCUCAUGAGAUACUACAGAAAUUAAAUGAAAUCACUGAUAUGCUUGUCAAUGUUUUCAAAUCACCUUCUUCUAGUACCAAAGGUUAAAAUGUUACUUAAAAAAUAGCCUCAGAAAUACAGUUAUUUCAUCUAAAACCUAUACAAAUAUGUAUAUGUAUAUACAUAUAUUUUUGCUAUUUAUUAACAUUGCUUAUAUGUAUGUGUAGC